AUGAUGACACUGGUGCGAUUUAUCGCCCCACUGCUGUUGCUUCUGUGUGCCAUUCCCUUGGCUAAUGGAAUGACGGAAAGCAUUCAGUUGCCCUUUGUCCUGGCGUCGAAAAUGAGUGGGGUGUGGAGUCUCGAGGUGCACACCCCCUGCGAGCCGUACAUUGUGGCAGGCACUCUCAAAUUCGUCAACGACACAGUGGCUGUGCAGUGGCUCCACAACGCGCCGCUGAGCCCGAUACUGGAUGUGGCGUCGUCCGAGGAGACGGUGGCGCUCGAUGCCAGCGGGCUGCGCGCAUUCUCGGGGGGGACACAAGAGCAGGCGCCCCUCUCCUACACACUGUGUGGGGCGCAGGCAAACACCAUUGUCACCCCGGAUCGCCCAAACUUUGAGAAGAAAAUGGAGGAGACAGAGCUUACGGUGUACACUGGGUCCCUCGCGGCUUCGGGUGACGAGGAGAAAACGUGUCAAUCGGGCACGUCGGACGUUCUCAUUCGUACACUUGGAAGCGACAUUCGGGGCUUCAAAAGUACACACUGGAAGGUGAAGGAGUCCCUUCAGUAUGUUGAACUACAUUUCGACUCGGGGAAGCUUACGAAGCAUUGCGUAGCUGAGGGGGAGGGGACAGGGGCGAGACAGGAGUCAACGCAGACGGCUACAAAGGUUGGAAAGGGAAGAAGGCACCGUGGGGGCGCGUUUGCAGCAUCGAGCGGUGCACUAGAAGGUACCAGGGAUCAAAGCGCACGACAGGGGUCCAUUAUCAUCCGACUUGCGCGACAAACGCCACCAUCCAAAUCGUUUUACGAGCGCUACUACCCGACGCUUCUCUUCGGAGGCAUUAUGAUUGCGUAUCGGGCUGUGUACGGCUUCACCUCCUAUCGUGCACUUAAGGGGUAA